UACACAUUACUAAAUCAAUUUUAAAAGCUAUUAUAUUGUUUUUAUUUAUUUCAGUCAAGAAAAAUAUCGGAUUGCGCCCCAAGAGUGUGCAAAUAAAAUCAGGUCACGGCUCUUCCGGGACACCCCGUGUAUUAGGGGGAGCCUUCUAAGAAAUCUGUUCUUUUUUAAUUCAUAGAAUGCUGCGAGAGACAUUUAUAACAGGCGUCAGCAAAAUUUACGAGUGUUGGUGGCAUUGUCGAAGAGCCGCUGACACACACACACAUACACACACACACAUGAAGAGAGACAGGCGCAAUACAAACGAGGAUGUCACGAGCGCGCUCCUGUGGGCCACAGGGUACCACAGGGGUGAAAUUUAAAGGGAGGGGCUGCUCGCGAAAAUGGCCGUUACGCACGGGGUACAUUGUCCGGGAGUGGGCAAGUGACGGGGGGGUGGUGGCUCUUCGCACAUCCUUCGGGUCCUCCGCGAACCGACGACCAAUUGACCGACUGCCUCGCGACGAUCGACACGGUUUUAUAUCCCGGUUUACGAUCGACAACAGCUAUUAUGCGGCGACGGCCAAAAAGCGAUUCCUGUUCGGCUCUUCUUAAACCCCCACCGGACGCGCGACCUUCCAUCCCUUCCGUCAAGAGGUAAGGUCGUCUCUGUUUUGUGCAUCCCAUUUUACGAAUUAUGCGAUAAUAAUCUCUCAUCUCGAAGUGUGUGUGUGUGUGUGUGUGUGUGUGUGAAAGAUGAGCUUGUAUUUUUCGUGCUCCGAGAGAGUUAUUUUGACACUUGCGAAAAAUCAAGUGGAACGGAGUAAUCGUCCCUGGCAUAGAUUAGGCCCGCUCUUCGGCAAUGUACGUCAAAAAAGCUAAAAAAUAGAAAAAAAAAGAGGAAGGGGAGAAUAAACAAGGAAAACCGAGGAAGAUGCUUGGCUCCUAUUCGAGAGUGGUGAUCCUCCUCUUGUUAGGGGCUUCUGUGUCAGUGUCUAGCAAUGCGGAUGCUGCGAAAUCUCUGAGAGCGGCGAAGGCUAGGCUGAGAUCGUCUUACGCAUCUUGGCGGAUAGUGGUAUGUUUAACUCAGCCUCAGACCCCUUUCAAGACAGACGUUCAGAGAGCAUGGGAGGAAGCGAGAUUGGAAUCUUUUCACGCGGAUAUGGAUGUGUCGUAUAUAGAAGCAAGGAUGGCACCCAUGACGGAUUCCCUGUCGUAUCCCUUGUCACUGUUAAACAAAUUUUGUACAGACAUCGAAGACGGAAAGACAGUAUUAAGCCUUAUUAUAGGGGGAGGAUCGGCAGCUAGAUUUCUCGUCACGGCUGCUGCCGCCUUGAAUCUUCCAGCUCUAUGGUUGCCGUUCACGCACCGAGAUUUUCUUCGCCAGGGAAAUCUCGGCCGGUUUGAGAACCGCAUAGGCUCGAGCCCGAAAGAGAUCGGAGCUGCGGCUGCCGCCCUGAUGCAUCGAGCUAAUUGGCACGCGUUCACUCUCCUCAUCGAUACCACCCUAUUGCCUGUAACCCAUCUACUACAGAAGAAUCAGCCGAUGAGGCUGACGCCUCGCGCAAUCAUACAUCUGCCGACCAAUGACAGAACUCUGAGAUUGCGAUUGAGACGGGUGGCCGAGGAGGGUGGCAGCGGCGGUAUCGUGGUGAUGGCGUGCGAUCUGAACAAUGCCCGCAAGAUCCUCGGGGCAGCUGGCAAAUUCGAGAUGCUUUCGGGUAGAUUUUUGUGGCUGUGGUUGGACCUCAAGGCGGAACUGCGUCCGAACGAGCCCAACAUUAUCAGCUCGAUGAUUCAUGGCACGCGCGUCGCGGCCGCCGCCGCUGCCGCGACGAACGAGAACUUGCCGCUGGAGCGAGCGAUAAAUCACGACGAGCGGCCUUUGCCGCUGAUGAGUUCGUUGCCGAGUUUAGCUAACGACAUACACCGGUUACAGGAAUAUAGAUGGCGGGAUGAGAAAAUCGUGAUCAAGCGAGAGGACAAAAGCUUCAAUUUUGAUGAGGAGGAAGAUGGGAGGAUCGCAAACGACAGGGAACUCAAUUCCAAGAACUUUAUGCCAGUUGGUAUGCUCGCACUCAGACCGUCUGGCAUCAAGAUCAUGGGCAGCGAUACUAUACUCUCCAGAAUGCUGAGGGAGACCUCGCAGGCGUUGGACGAGACCUUUCAGGAGACGAAGCAACGAUUAGGUCGUAUGCGCGAGCCGCAGCUCAGGGAACACUUCGUCCCGGAAUGCUUUCCAGAUCGUAACGCUAGAUUCAUGACCAGCGACUCGAGAGAGAACGUUUCCGCAAUUCUGACUAGCAAAUUGAGGAAAUCCAUGAAACAAAUCUCUAGGGAUAAGGCGGAGUUUCAGUUGCUGAACUUGCAGGCCGUCAGGUUUCCCGGGAAUAAGACUCAAUUAAGGUGGACCAAAGUCGGCACCAUCAAGGGUGGUAGAGAGGUUCGUCUGGAUACUAUAAUCUGGCCAGGAGGCGGCAUCGUACCAGCGUAUCUCGAGCAGGGUGGCGAAAAGAUAGGGAUGCCGAUUUAUCGCAUUGUUACUGCCCUAGCGUCACCCUUCACCAUGAUCACAAAUCUGCAAGAAGGUUUUUGCUUACGCGGUGUUACUUGUCAUCAGGGUAAUGCCGUCAUGUGCUGCUACGGAUUGAGCAUGGAUUUGCUGACGGUGGUUGCGCGCGAGUUAGGCUUCCGUUUUGAUCUCUAUCUCGCGGAGGAUGGACUAUUUGGCAAACGGAACGGCCGAAGUGGCACAUGGAACGGCGUGAUGGGCGAACUGGUAUCCGGCCGGGCCCAGAUGGCAUUCGCACCCUUAAGCGUAUCCACUCAUCGCGCAGCAGUGGUGGACUUCACCACGCCGUAUUACUUCAGCGGCGUGAGCUUUCUCACGGCGCCAAAACUCCGUUCUGAGAUACCGCUGUUCGCAUUCCUGUUUCCAUUUAGCACGGAGCUGUGGAUCGCCGUGUUCACAUCUCUCAACUUCACCGCGAUCGCCGUGGCGCUCUACGAGUGGUUCAGCCCGUUCGGCCUGAAUCCCUGGGGCAGGCAGCGCAGCAAAAACUUUUCCAUCGCUUCCGCGCUAUGGGUGAUGUGGGGUCUCCUGUGCGGUCAUCUCGUGGCCUUUAAAGCACCGAAAUCUUGGCCUAACAAGUUCCUCAUUAAUAUCUGGGGCGGCUUCUCUGUUAUCUUCGUGGCAUCGUACACGGCCAAUAUUGCCGCCCUUAUUGCCGGUCUGUUUUUUCAUUCUGCAGUGAGCAAUUAUCACGAUAAAAGUCUGUUAUCUCAGAGAGUUGCUGCACCAAGAGCGUCCGCGGCCGAGUACUAUGUACAAAGAGCUAAUCCGCAAUUAUGGUCUCACAUGUCUCGAUUUUCGUUGUCGGAUGUCGCCGAGGGGGUGGAAAGAUUAAGGAACGGCAGUCUGGAUAUCCUGAUCGCAGACACGCCAAUCUUAGAUUACUAUCGCGCGACCGACGACGGUUGUCGUUUGCAAAAGAUCGGCGACACCAUCAACGAAGAUACUUAUGCGAUCGCCCUCACGAAGGGACAUCCCUUAAAGGAGAGCAUAUCUAAAGUCAUAGCGAAUUACACGAGCAACGGAUUGCUCGACAUUCUGCAGGAGAAAUGGUAUGGCGGUCUUCCAUGUCUCGGAAGUAGACAAGGUAUGGAUACGGGAUUAGAUGCUGAUUCUGGCGGUCAACCUAGGCCAUUGGGAGUAGCGUCCGUUGCCGGGGUGUUUUGUCUGCUUGGGAUGGGCGUGGUGCUCGGUACCAUCAUAUUGGCGGGAGAGCACCUGUUCUACAAGUACACGUUGCCGCGACUACGACACAGACCGGAGGAUUCCAUCUGGCGCAGUCGUAACGUCAUGUUCUUCUCGCAGAAGCUGUACAGAUUCAUCAAUUGCGUGGAACUGGUCUCACCGCAUCAUGCCGCGCGGGAAUUAGUGCACACAGUGCGACAGGGUCAAAUCGCGUCGCUCUUCCAGAAAAGCGUCAAACGAAAGGAACAUGAACAACGUCGCAGACGUAAAAGCAAAGCGCAGUUCUUCGAAAUGAUCCAAGAAAUCCGAAGAGUUCAACAAGAGGAAAAAAUUGAGACGGUACCUGAGGAACCUACAGAAACUGCGAAGAAGGAUGAGAAAUUGGGGAAGGGUAGAGAGAGAAGUCGUAGCAAAAGUCCCCUGAUGCCUCGUAGUCCGAAACGUUCGGAGAAGAGCAGGAGUUCGACCAAUCUUUCGGCGUCCCGUCUCGGACUAUCGCCGGUGAGUCUUGACGCGCCGAUGAAGCCGCGCGAGUUUACGCUCAGCAGCACCAAUCUACGCGCGAGAAGCCCGCUGGAGACGGUUGGACGUAGAUUGAGCCACGGAGACGGCGGGUCUCCACCACCGCGUCUCGGCUCGCAUCUCGGCGGCAGCGCCACGUUACGCCCGUUGGUGCCUACCAGGAGUGAUUCAACCGGUGGCGGCGGUACCCCGACCAUCAGACGCGACUCCGCCGCAGCAGGAGGCGGUGGUGCACCGACUCCGAGAUACUCUCGCAGCCCUGCCAAGCGGGGUCAGUCCUUUCCGGUAUUCGCUACCUUGAGACCGCCGCACUCGACCGGCUAUCAGACGUCCAAGAGUCCGCUGUUGUCGCCCAACAGCGAACUUACUUCCGCCAUCGGGAGAAAACUGUCGCGUGAAUGGGGAUCUGGAACUAUUAGUCUCACCAGAUCGUCGGAAGCUAUAGGCGGUGGUAACAGCGGUGGUAGUGGCAGAAGCGGUGGCUCAACCCACACCCUGAAUCAAGAGAUGACGCUCUCCUUGAGUCGUUCCACAGACGAAGAAAAGGCCCAGGGAGAAGCAUUGCCUAUCAAGAAACCCAUACGGCGUGCCAGGAGCCACGAGAAUCGUGACACCGGUAACCUGAUGGUGGAUCUGCCGUCACCUAGAUUGACUCAGCCGGUAGUGGGUGGCCGGUCGGUGAGCGAGCGAACGAAGAAGCAGCUCGAGUCCGAGCUGAAGGCGAUUCUAAGUGCCAGGGCCCAUCAUCGCGACCUGCAUCCCCCUUGAUAGGAGACUGCCCCUAAUUAAAAAGAGAGUUCUCGAAAGAACGUUCAGCUUUUGGAUCGCUGAGCCUCUGAGGGGCUUUGAUUUAAGCAAUAUCAGAUUUAUAGGUCAAUUUGUAGAGAAAAUCCGACACAGUUUCAAUGAAAUUAAGAACUUAACCAGUAUCAUGGCUAAGAGCGCGGAAGAAAUUUUCUGUGUAGAAAGGAUAGAAAGGGUGAUGGGGAAGGAAAGAAGAAAGGAAAUCUCUUUGAUUGUUCAUACGUUGUUACGUACAUUAAUAAUAUAGGAUAAUGUCGAUAAACAAAAGUGCUAUAAACUUUAGUAGUGAUGUCUUAAAUAGUUAGCGCGGAAAUACACACGAGUACUAAGAUAUUUUCUUGUUGGCAUUUUAACUCUACAUUAACCGGCAGCCUGGGUGAGUCUCUCUCUCUCUCGAUUGCUAUAAUACCAGCAUAUUGUACGCUACAGCGUUUCUCAACUCUGAUUUUUUGGCGAUUCUUAGUGCAUAAAGUUCUAUCUUGAAAAUUAAAUCAAUUCUUAAGAUACUUACUAGAUCGGAGACCUGUUCAAGUUUAUCGAGCGAGCUUCGUUAUCCGUCUUUGUUCUCAAUGAUAACAAUCAAUUGGCCGUACGAAUACAACGAACAUAUAUGAUGAUUUCUGAAUAGAUUUUAGUGUCUUUGUUUUCUUUUUCUUUUCCCCAUUCCGUCUAAUAAAACAAAAACGUUUCGCUCGCAAACAGAAACUCGGACAGGCCUGUAUUAUCCCUUUUGAGAGUGUAAAUAUUUCGAGAGACAGACUACAUUGUUCCUUCAUCUCGUCACAACGCGAAUACUGUAAAUAUAAUAAAAUAUAAUAUAUAGGAAUUUCGCAUGAGCAGGAUACGUAAAAUAAUUAUUUCGUGUUGAGAAACGCUGCUUUAACGAACUUCGUCGAAUUGGAUUGCAUACUGCCAUAUUUAAUAAUUCCUGUGACUGCGGAAGGAGAGACUCGCUCGAUAGACUUUCGGCGUAGAAUGACCACUAAUUGCGAGAUAAUAUGCAUUAAUCUUACAAUUAUCAUCGCGCCUGUCAAGGGAAAGGAUUACAAAGUGAAUGGAAUUCUAAUUCGAGUCUAAUGUAUUCGCAACACAGGUUAUUCAAUACGGGAAAGGAGGUGUCAUUAAGAACUCCUUCUAAUUUAAAAUAAGAGAAAAAAUUCGUAGCCACAUGUGUGUAUGUGGUCGCGGAUUCUUCGCGUGACUUACGAUUAUUUCCUAAAGCAGUGCCAAAGAUCAAUAUAACUCAAAUCUCUCCAUCCUUUGCUUUAUCUUACACGAAAGUGUCUAAUAAUAAUAGAACACGAUUUUUAGCAAAAUAAGCGUCAGAGACAAAAAACCGCGAUAUAUUAUACUGAUAAUCUCUAAUAAUCAUUUGUUUUGCUGCGACUUGGAUCCGGGUUGGUAAAUUAUCGACUUCUGACAAGAUUUUACUAGACUGAUAGAUGAAAAUUUAAUUCAGGAAUUGUAAAUGAAACAUUAUUGGAAUUGAAUAAUUGUUACUCAUCGAUGUGCAUGUCCCACGUUUUUGUCUAUUGAAUCACUUUGAUGAAAGAGGGCGAACACGUCUUAUAGUCUCGUUAUUAUUAUUAUUCGACUUAGAUGGUAGUGUGGAUGUGUAUGGGACUAAAUUUUAAUUAAUUACAUUUAAAAAAGGAGGAUUUAUGAGCGAGGCCUUAGAGGAGUUAGUCGUAUCCGCCCAAAAAUAUACUUUACUUAACUAGUACUGUACUAAUACUGUAUUCGAAUAUUUCACUACAUUAUAUUGCA